AUGCCAGAACAAACCACAGCAAACCCACACGGCACCCCUCAAUCUAGAGACGCAGCUAGAGGCAGAGGAAAUCGAGGAAGCAGAGACAGCAGACGAGGGGGAAGUGCAUCUAGCGGAGUAGAUGUAUCCUCAGCAGACCCGAACCAACAGUCGCGCCGGCAUAACCAAGGAGGUGGUGGCAGAGGUCGAGGGAGAGGAGGCGGCACACACACCGAGGGACGCGGAGGGAGAAAUGCAAGACGUGCAGGUAAUCGACUACUAGGGGGAGAUAGCAAACAUGAUAGCGGUGGCGAACCACCUGGAACGGGUGCUGAGGUCGCUGGCACCUCCGGUGUUCGCCUGACCGGAGAUGCCAAACAUUCACAGGGCGACGAGGAGGGGCAAUCAGCGAAAGCAGGGGCAUCUGCUACUAAAGCAGAGGCCGAUGAGAAUGAGGUCUGCUUCAUCUGCGCUUCAAAGAUUGACCACAUUUCUGUCGCGCCUUGUAACCAUAGGACCUGCCAUAUCUGCUCCCUUAGAUUGAGAGCAUUGUAUAAGACCAAAGCUUGUGCUCACUGUCGAACAGAGUCCGAUUUUGUUAUAUUUACCAAUAAUCCCGCAAAGAAAUUCGAGGAAUUUACAAGUUCUGACAUUGAUCGAUCCGAUGAUAAUCUGGGGAUAAAGUAUGAGAAUUUUGAGAUAUUCGAAGAUACAGUAUUACUGCUUCGAUAUAAUUGCCCAGAUGUUGAUUGCGACAUUGCAUGCCUCGGAUGGCCAGACUUACAUCGUCAUGUCAAAAGUAAACAUGCUAAGGUGAUGUGGUAUGUUUCUCUCUUAACAGAUGGAAUGUGUACAAAGAAGCCUACUAACAGAAUUAAUAGUGACCUUUGUACACGAAAUAAAAAGGUAUUUACACACGAACAUGAAUUAUUCACUGCUGCUUUGCUGCGGAAGCAUGAGAGAUACGGUGAUGAUAACCCUGGAGCCAUUGAUCAAAGUGGUUUCAAAGGGCAUCCAGAAUGUGGAUUCUGUCGCCAGCGUUUUUAUGGAGAUGAUGAACUCUACGCACAUUGUAGAGACAAGCAUGAGAGAUGCCAUAUCUGUGAUCGCAGAUCUGGCGGCAGCAGACCGCAAUAUUAUAUCAAUUAUGAUGCUCUAGAGAACCACUUUAGCAAGGACCAUUUCUUGUGCCUUGAUAAGGAGUGUCUGGAAAAGAAAUUUGUUGUUUUCGACUCGCAGAUGGACCUAAAGGCACAUCAACUUGAAGCCCACCCAGCUGGGUUAUCAAAAGACGCAAGGAGGGACGCCAGGCUCGUGGAUAUGUCAACUUUCGACUUUAGGUCUCCUUAUCAACCAACUCGCCAACGCCGAGAUGGUCGUGAUAGUCGAGGAGCUGGAAGAGGCCGUGACCCAAAUUCAGAUCCGAUUCCACAAUCAAGCGCUCAACCGUUGCGGAGGGACGAACUUGCAUAUCAGCGCCAGAUGGCGAUUCAGAGUGCACAGUCGGUCUCUACAAGAACUUUUGGCGGGCAGCUCACAUCCGCACGACCGGCCGCAACUUCAUCGGCGCCGGCCACCCAGAGGUCCACACCUACAGCUACGCCCGCAGCAAGAGCCACACCGAAUACCGGGCUCCCAUCUAUAGAAGCCCUUGACCUUGGACAAGCGACAGCACCAACCACGCCACAGGACCAUGCCAGGCAGGUGGCACACUCAGCAGUCAUGGACCGUGCAUGCACCCUCCUUCGAAACGACAGUAGAAAAAUCAGUGACUUCCGAGGAAAGGUCUCUCAAUAUCGAAGCUCUGUUAUCGGAGCAAAUGAACUCAUUGAGGCAUUCUUCUCCCUCUUUGAUACCUCUUCGGCAGAACUGGGGAAAUUGAUAAAAGAACUUGCCCAUAUCUAUGAGGAUGAAAACAAACGUACGGCGCUCCUGAAAGCAUGGAACGACUGGCGUGCAAUUAAUGAAGACUACCCGGCGCUUCCAGGACCUAGUGGAACAACCCCAUACACCGGAACCGUAAGCGGACUGGGCUCUGGUAAAAGAGUCCUGCGCUUAAAAUCAUCCACUACACAAUCAUCAAGAUCGGCCACUGGCCAAAACGCCAGGCUUUCUGGGAUCCUUCCAUCUAACUAUACCUCCAACCCAUUCCCUCCACUUGCUAACAACACUACAACCCGCAAAGAGAACCAGGGAGUAAAUGCAUGGGGCGCCACCCCUGCUAUAUCAUCUACGCCAAGCAGCUCUGGCUCUCGACCACCAGCACUUCCGUCCAGGCCGAAGGUUACCGGAGAUUCUAAUGCUUUUCCUGCUCUUCCAGCUGCUCCUAAGCCAAACACACUUAUGGCUGGUCUUACUCGCGGAACUGUAAGAUGGGGAGAUCGAGGUGCAGCAAGUGCUAGGCCAUCUGCCUGGGGCGUAUCGAACGAUCCAACUCCCGCUGAGUCUGAUACAUCCACUUCACAGGAUAAAAAAGGCAAAGGAAGAAAGGGUAAACAAGUAUUGUACCACUUUGGAUAG